GGAUGAUGAAGGGGGCCAGGAGGGAGAGCUCUGCAGUUCACCUUCUGGCCCCUGGAGGAAACACAGUGACCCUGGGCCUCCCCCCUGGCCCACCUCCCCUCCACCUGCACGAUUUAUGACACUCAGGCACUUCAAAAAAGCUAAUUCUGCCUCUCUCUUUCUCACCCGCCCAGGUAUUGCAGUGGAUAAAAGAGGUGUCGUCUACUUCGUCGAUGGCACCACCAUUCAGAAGAUUAAUGAGAGGGGUUUGCUCUCCACCGUGAUUGGCUCAAACGGACUGAUGUCGAUGCAGCCGCUCAGCUGUGAUGCACGUAUGGACAUCAGCCAGGUGCGUCUGGAGUGGCCGACAGACCUCGCCAUUAACCCGCUGGACAACUCCCUCUACAUCCUGGACAACAACAUCGUCCUGCAGGUAUCAGAAAACCUCCAGGUGCGUAUUGUGGCGGGCCGCCCCAUCCACUGUCAGGUCCCCGGUAUCGACCACCACCUGGUGAGAUGGGCGGCGGUGCGCACCACCCUGGAGGCAGCCAAGGCCAUCGCACUAUCCCACCUCGGCACGCUGUACAUCGCUGAGACCGACGAGAGGCGCAUCAACCGCAUCCAACAGGUGUCAACCAACGGGGAGAUAUCUAUUAUCUCCGGAGCCCCGACGGACUGUGACUGUAAGAUCGACCCCAACUGUGACUGCUUCUCUGGAGAUGGAGGCUACGCACGUGACGCUCGUCUCAAAGCCCCAUCCUCUCUGGCCGUGGCCCCCAACGGCACCCUGUAUAUUGCUGAUCUGGGCAACAUCCGGAUCAGAGCCGUCAGCCCCAACCAGCCUCAGCCUAGCCCGGCUGGACUGAUGGAGAUCAGCUCCCCACUGGAUCAGGAGCUCUAUCUCUUCAGCCAGAACGGCUCCCACAUGCACACCAAACACCUGAUCACCGGCCACUUCCUGUACAACUUCUCCUACGGCUCGGACGGCCAGCUGUCGGGGCUGACGAACCGCGACGGCCACGGGAUGCAGGUGCGGCGGGACGCUCACGGAGUGCCUCUCUGGCUGGCCCUACCUGGCGGACAGGUGUACUGGCUGUCUCUUAGCAACAGUGGAACACUGCGGAAGGUGUCAGCCCAAGGCCAUGACAUCGCCCACAUCACUUACCAUGGCAACACCGGUCUCCUAGCAACCAAGAGUGAUGAAAACAGUUGGACCACUGUUUAUGAGUACAACAGCGAGGGUCGCUUGACCAACAUCACCCUCCCCACCGGCGAGGUGAGCGGCUUCCAUGGCAACCUUGAACGCUGGUCUCGGGUGGAGGUCGAGGCGUCCAACCGGGAGAACUUUAUCACCAGUACCAACCUGUCUGCCAGCGACACCAUCUACACAUUCAGACAAGACCAUGCUCAGAGUUCAUACAGAGUAAGCGCCGACGGGUCCUUCCUGGUGACCCUGGCCAGCGGGAUGGAGCUGUCACUCAUCACGGAGCCCCUCCUCCCGGGAGGAGCAGGGGGCGGAGUCAGUCCCACGGCCAGCCGCUGUAACAUCAGCCUGCCCGGAGACCACGCCCCCAGCCUGAUCGAGUGGAGGCAGAGGAAGGAGCAGAGCAAGAGCAACUACAGCACCUACGAGCGCAGGCUCAGGGCACAUAACAGGAACCUGCUGUCUAUAGACUUUGAUCAGAACACACGAGUGGGGAAGAUCUACGACGACCACAGGAAGUUCACCCUCCACAUCCAGUACGACUCUCUGGGGCGGCCCGUGGUCUGGUCCCCCAGCAGCAAAUACACCGAGGUGAACAUCAGCUAUUCGGACGGAGGGCUGCUGUCAUCCAUCCACCGCGGAGACUGGUCUGAGCGGCUGGAGUACGAGAACGAAAGGGUGGUGUCAAGAGCCUGGGUCAACGGCAAGAUCUGGAGCUACACAUACGCAGACAAAUCCAUUAUGCUGCUGCUGCACAGCCAGCGGCGCUACGUCUUUGAGUACGACCAGACAGACCGCCUGGUGGCCGUGACGAUGCCCAGCAUGGUGAAGCACACCCUGCAGUCGCUCCUUUCCAUCGGAUACUACAGGAACAUAUACACUCCCCCAGACAGCCAGGCCUCCUUCAUGCAGGACUACACCCUGGACGGGCGGCUGCUGAGGACUCAGUACCUGGGAACAGGACGCAGUGUCAUCUACAGGUAUACACCAGCAGCGCGGCUGGCGGAGGUGGUUUAUGACUCCACCCUGGUGACCUUCACUUACGAUGAGUCCUCCGGCACUGUCAAGACCAUUCAUCUCACCCAUAACGGCUUCAUCAGUUCAAUACGCUACAGACAGACCGGUCCCUUAACAAGUCGACAGAUCUUCCGCUUUAGCGAGGAAGGCUUGGUCAACGCCAGGUUUGACUACAGCUACAACAACUUCAGAGUGACGAGCAUGCAGGCAGUCAUCAAUGAGACCCCCCUCCCCAUCGAUCUGUACCGCUACGUGGACGUGUCAGGUCGGGUGGAACAGUUUGGCAAAUUCAGUGUCAUCUUUUACGACCUCAACCAGGUGAUCACCACCCAUCUGAUGAAGCACACCAAGGUCUUCAACUCCUACGGCCAGGUGGUGGAGGUCCAGUACGAGAUCCUUAAAUCCAUCGCCUACUGGAUGACCAUCCAGUAUGACUCUGCGGGCCGCACCACCACCUGUGACAUCAGGGUUGGCGUGGACAACAACGUGACGCGCUACACCUACGAGUACGACGCCGACAGCCAGCUGCAGAGUGCCUCUGUUAACGAGCGGCCUCAGUGGCGCUACAGCUACGACCUCAAUGGGAACAUCAACCUGCUCAGCCACGGAACCAGUGCCAGACUGACCCCGCUGCGCUACGACCAGAGGGAUCGUAUCACACACCUCGGAGAGUUACAGUACAGCGUGGACGACGACGGGUUCCUCCGCCAGCGAGCCAACGAUCUGUUUGACUACAACUCCAACGGCCUGCUGACGCGCGUCUUCAACCGACUGACGGAGCGCACCGCGUGGUACCGCUACGACGGGCUGGGGCGCCGCGUGGCCACCAAGAGCAGCGGCGGCGAGCAGCUGCAGUUCUUCUACGCCGACCUGUCGCACCCAACCAGGGUGAGCCACCUGUACAACCACAGCAGCAACCUGAUCACCUCGCUGUACUACGACCUGCAGGGCCACCUCAUCGCCAUGGAGCUGAGCAGCGGCGAGGAGUACUACGUGGCCUGCGACAGCGUGGGGACCCCCAGGGCGGUCUUCUCAAAUAAGGGCCGCCUGGUGAAGGAGAUCCUCUACACCCCGUACGGAGAGGUCUACCAGGACACCAACCAGGACUUCCAGCUGGUCAUCGGCUUCCACGGCGGAUUGUACGAUCCUCUCACACGGCUCGUCCAUCUGGGGAGGCGAGACUACGACACGCUAGCAGGGCGAUGGACUUCGCCCAAUCACGAGCUGUGGGGGGAGCUGAGCAAAGAGCCGAAGCCAUGCAACGUGUACGCCUUUAAGAACAACUGCCCAGUCGGCAAAGUGGAGGAGGUGACUGAGUUUACUACAGACAUUGGUAGUUGGCUGCAGCUAUUUGGUUUCCAGCUUCAUAAUGUUGUCCCAGGCUUUCCGAAGCCUGAAGUGGGCAGAAUGGAACAAACAUACGAACUGAUGAAGACCCAGACCAAGACACAGGACUGGGACUCCAGCAAGGUGGUGUUGGGGAUCCAGUGUGAGCUGCGCAGACAGCUGAGGAGCUUCAUCUCCCUGCAGAGGCUGCCUCUGGUCUCGGAGCCCGUGGGCUCCGCCUGCCACCGACCCACCGCCCUCCCCCUCUCCCGCCCUCCCCCCUUCGGCUCGCGGCCCUCUCUCCUCGGCCCCAGCAUCCGCUUUGCCGUCUCCCACGGCCGUGUCAGCGCUGAAGUCAUCGGCGUCGCCAGCGAGGACAGCCGUCGCGUGGCGGCCAUUUUAAACGGCGGCAUCCACCUGAGCGGGCUGAGCUUCACCUUGCACGGCUGCGACACGCACCACUUCCUGCAGUCCCGGCCCAUCGAGGAAGACCUCGCUCUGGGGCUGGGGGUCGGAGGGCGCGUCCUGGAGAGCGGGGUGAACGUGAGCGUGUCUCAGAUGAGCGCCACGGUGAACGGCAGGACUCGACGAUUCGCCGAUAUCACCCUCCAGCAGGGAGCGCUGUGCCUGUGCGUGCGCUAUGGCGGGAGUGAGGAGGAAGAGAGGGCGCGUGUGAAGGAGGAGGCGAGGAAGAGAGCGGUGGUGGGGGCGUGGGAGCGGGAGAGGAAGAGGGUGGAUUCAGGGGACGUGGGGAGCAGAGCAUGGAGCGAAGCGGAGAAGCAGCAGCUGCUGUCUGCUGGACUGGUCCCGGGCUACGACGGCUACUACUCCCUGCCUAUAGAGCAGCAGCCGGAGCUGUCCGACUGCCCCGCCAACAUCCACUUUAUGACACUAAGCGAGGUGGGGGGCAGGUAACAGAGACACGUGAGCAGCCCCCCACCCCACCAAAGACUGCCUGUUUCUACUCUACUCUGAUUUGUUCUACUGUUUCUAUACCGUAUCAACAAAAAAAAAAGGAAGAAGACGACGACAAAGAAGAACAAGAAGAGAGAUUGGGGGAAAAAUGAUUUCCAAAUGCCUUUAAUUGUGACAAAAUGAUGGUAUUUUAUUAUUAUCGUCCAGUUCUUCAAUUUCUAACAGUGGCACAAGCAGUGUGGUUUGGCUGUGGCUUUGCUUUUUGUAUCCGGGACUGACCGACUGACCGACUCACUGACGGACCGACGGACGGACUGACUGUCUGUCAUCUUGCUGUUUCAACACUGUUCAUCGUUUCUUGGACUCUGAUUCACUGAACUGUAGAGAUGAAGACUUUUUAGGAUUUGCCAGUGAACAAUCCUCUUCAUGACUCCAAAUCAAGAGCUCUCCGGUUGCCAUUUGAGUUCCCACAUGGUUUACCUCGGAUAUACUAUCGUUUACAUAUUGUGUAAGAGAGGCCUUGUCAACUCUGACACUCCCCUUUAGAGAAGGGAAACCUCUCCCGGUUCUCCCGCCUCUAGUGUGCUCCAACAGUAGUUUGUAUGAGUGUGUAUACUAAAAUCAAGAAUGUACAUAGCCAGUGCUUUCACACGGAAAAAAGUGCUCAACUGGAAAUGCUGUUGUUCAUAAGUAAGUGUCAGUAUUGUUAAUCAAUAGAAAAACAGUUACAUUUUUGCAAAGAAUUAUACAUGGCUAUAGUAAAUAUUCUCGCUGAAAAAUCUGACUUUAUUGGGUUACGAUGCUGAUUAAAGUUAUUAUGUGUGGAUUACCA